GUGCAGGCCAUGUGCAGCAGGCUAUCGGUUAUCACAUAAAAGAACAUAUUAAAUGAACAUUACAGAUGCAAGAUGGAAAUAUUGGAAAUCCAAACAAAUGUUACAAAACGAUUCUUAUGUGAAAUAUGUGGACGGUCCUAUAAAUUGAAAAGAGAUAUGGAUAGUCACUUAGUUAAACAUGAAAGUAAUAGUUAUCCAUAUAAGUGUUAUUUUUGUUCAAAAUCAUUCACCCAGAGAAAUUCAUUGGCUAGGCACUUAAUCAUGCACACUGCUGAAAAACCAUUCCAGUGUCAAAUAUGUAACAAACAAUUUGUGCAUCACUCUUCAUAUAAUUUUCACAAAAUGUGUCACUCUGGAGCAAGACCUCACAAAUGUCCUUUGUGUAGCAAAGGAUUCAGAACUACAACCCAUUUGAAGAGACACAUGAAAGCCCAUUCUCCUGAAAAAAGUUUAAAGAGGCAAGACAAAGUGAAAGAGAAAAUCCUUGCAUCUAUGAAGAAAAAUAAACAGUUAUUAAGGUGUUAUGUUUGUGAGAAAAGUUUUGAUAGUAUCCAUGAGUUUGAAGAGCACACUAUUGGUCAUCUGAAGGCUACUUGA